UCCAUAAAAACCUGAAGCACCCAGUGUUUUCCCAGAACCCUCAGUCCGUGUCCAAGCAUCAGGCAGUCAGUAGCUUAUCGUCUCGUUUGAAGCCGCUGUUCUGAGUGACGGAACUGAUGAAGGAUGUGUUUUCCUGGAUGGACAAUCACACUUGUGCUGUUUUGCCUCUGUGGCUCAGCUAACUCCUUCCCUUACACAUCUGCUCAUUCCCUUCCAUCACAGAUAACGCCUCCUUCUCCCUUACCAACAAACUUGCCUUUUGAACAUUCCCCUUUUCUCAGCACCCCAUCCUCCACCCCCCCUUUCACCAGCAGCUCUGGAGAGACAACAAACGGAGACAACUGCCAUCUGAAGAUGUCCCCUUCAGUUCUUGUGGUGAGGUUUGGAGAUCCAGUCAAAGCUAACUGCUCGAAAGAAGGGGCUGCGUCUCCUCUACUGGGCUGGGAAGGCACACAGGGAUCUUCUGGCCCAACUUCGGCUGCUUUCCUGGUCUGGAGUUUGGACAGAAUAACUGAAUGGAGCAUGAAGCCUUCGUGCUAUGAGCUCUUAGACCUGGGGGGGUCGUGCAGCAUUGAGCUUCCUUUAAUAGUCUACCAACCUCCAGACAGAGUUUCCAUCCAAUUUUUGAAUCACACUGGGGCACUAUUCGAGGGACACCGGUACACUCUGCAGUGCACAGUUCAUGAUGUGGCACCUGUUGAAAAUGUCAUUGUGACCUUCUACAAAGACCAAACAGCACUGGGUCAACUCCAGUCCUGUAAUAAAAGUCAGACGCCAGUGAAUGAGAGCUUCACUCUGAGCAUCACCCCCUGUAAACCGGAUAACGGAAGCCGGUAUUGGUGUGAAGCAAAGCUCGAGCUCGGACCUGAAGGUCCGCUACAUCCUCCAGUGGUGAUGUCACAAAAACUGACGGCACUAGUCCUCUCGAGUCCACAGCUUGUGCAAUCAAAGCUACAGGUGAAAAAUACUUCCAAAUGCGACAUGAAAACAAACCCUCAAGCAUUUGGGGGUAGUGGAACUUCAAACAGGUUUAAGGGUUGGUUCUUGUUGGCUGCACUUCUCUGUCAGAUAGUUAUCCAACUGUAGAACCUGGAGGAACAGAGUGAUCCAACUACAGUUUGUAUGAACUGCUCCGGCAUCGAAAAGGGCUUUUCCCUGAAAUGUUUUUGUUUUUUAACUGUCCAAAUUAUCAUCUUUGGGGGGAGAUUAUAUCUGAAUCUCUUUGGGCAUCUUCACUUUCAAUAACAGCAUGAGUAUCGACAACGAGCAAGGUGUUUUUUUCAGAGGGAGCUGCUGCCCAGGUACAUGACGAGAUGAGACUGAAGACAUUCCAGCUUCCAAACCUAUAAUUAUUUUCACAGCUCUGUGGCAGUGGCAUGCUUAAAGCUUGAUGUCUUUUUACAAUGUAUUUUUAGAUGUAGAUUUUCCCCUUCUGUCUGUACGUGCUGGAUGCUCAGUUUAGGCUACUGCAACUGUACAUAGCUUCAAAAUAAGUAAAUUGUUUGUCCAUACUAGAAUUUAAUUUGCUGUAUCUUGUGUCAAGACAAUAAAAACUAAAUGCCAGGAUAAUGCAUAACUAUUUAUUAGUUCAAAGUAAAUCCCACUUUCUCAGUUUUUACAAAUACAAGCCAGAAUGGCAAAUGCCUACUGUGUACAUAUCUUAAAUUAAAACAAACAAGAAAAC